AUUAGAUAUUAUAGUUUGAAUAUACUAAAUACAGUUAGAACUUAUAUAUUUUUCAAUUGAUGACCAAUACCGUGCUAAAAAGUAAAUAGGUCAAACGAGAAUGAAUUCGUUUAAAGGUAUAAUUAUCAUAAUUUUUAUGGUUAUUUUUAUACCACUUAAUAGUAUUCAAGGUAAUUGUAUAUUGGAAUUUAUUAAAAUUGUAUUCAAUAAUCAUCUGAUUCUUAUUAAUAUAAAAAAUUAUACAUUAUUGUUUCUACAGCCGGUUUUACAGGUAUAAUAUUAAUAUUAUUAGUAUUUAUUAUCAUUUUGAUUGAAUAUCGAAUCUUUAUUCCUAUUGUAUUUAUUUGAUAUUAAGCAUUUGUUCAUUAUUUUAUUCAUAUUUAUUUUCAAAAAUAAUAAAUAUGCAAAUAUUAAAAAAUACGAAAACAAAUAUAAUGAAUAUAUGACAAAAAUAACAGCACACAGAUUAUUAUACAAAACAACUAUCGAUGGAAGUUUAUGACAUUCAUACGUAUACUCAUUUACUAAUAAAAUUAAAAAAUUACUAAUAAUUUAUUUACUGUCGAAAUUAUUCAGAUAGAAAAAUAAAACUUUAAUGAGCUUAGCUUCUUAAAUUAUUGCCGUAUUGUGAGCGACUGAUCCAAAUUCAUUGAAACUUAAACUAUCAAUUGUAGAUUUGUAAAUAAAUAGGUACACAAAAUUAUAUUUAAAAAAGACGUCUUAGGAUAAUAGGGUCGGGUGCAGCAACUGUUAUUGGUAAUUUAAUAUAAUAUAUAUAUGUAAGCAAUGGUAAACUAAUGCUAACGAAAAAAACAAUUCUGAGCUCAGUUAAUGCUUUUUCAACAAUAUAUAUGUCAUAUUAUGGUAAAAUAAAAAAACAGACAUUAUACAUUUUCUUUAAUAAUAUUUGUUUAAUAUUGUACCGAUUUUUUCAGUUUUCACAUAUUUUUCCCCGGUUUUUCGAAUUUGCUGAGAAAACUCCUGAGAAAAUCGAAAAGUGAACUUUUUAAAGUACCUUCCCAGUCAGAUUUUUUUCAGAAAAAGUGCUAUCGAUGUAAAUUAGAGCAAAUUUUUGUGGUAAAAAAAGUUGUUCAUAGGAAAAAAAAGGCCAAAAUAUUUUUCAACCAAUACCUACAUUUCUUACAUUUUUCAAGUUUUUUCUCCGAUUUUCACGAUUUUUUUCAUUUAUUGGGAAAACUCUUAAGGAAAUCAAAAAAUUACCGCCCCAGUUCCCAUGUACAUAAAAUUUUCUUUCGGAAAAUAAACUUUACUUGAUACAUCGGAGCAUGAUUUUUGGUAGAAAAGUUUGCACAACAAAUCUAGGGGUAUUUUGCGAUUAAAAUAGUCCAACUGCAAAAUGGCUUGGGGCUCUUAAACAGUUCGAACUCGCAAACCCUAAGUAGAAAUUAGGUAUGUAUAAAUUAUCUGACCAUUCAGCUAUGACAAACAUUUUUAAAAGUAAAAAAUAUAGAAUUAUUUAGGGAAACAUAAAAUAUUCACAUAAUAUCAGAACUUCAAAAAGCUAUAACUUCGAAACAUAGUCUGUCCAUUAAAUUCUGACUUCACCACCGUUCUAAAUCGAAAAUAUACAUAUGUUCAAAUAAUAAUAAUUUUUAACUCACAUGAUUUUCGCCAAAAAUUUAAUAUUAAAAUUCCGUUAUAAAAAAAUAUACUACAUUAAACUAAAAUUUGGUUUUUUUUUACCAUAAUGUAAAACUCUUAGUGAUUCUCUGAGAAAAUUUUCAAGUACUUCUUUUAGGUCUAAUAAUUUUAACACAAAGUUCAUACUGAAUAGAAAUGACGAAGAGAACGCGAAAAUUUAAAAUAUCCAUAAAUAGGUCAAAAAAGACUUGAAUAUUUUGAAAAUUUUAGCUCUUCUCAAAAAGGCAAAUAUAUGUUUUCUGUUCAAAUUUCAAGUCUCUACGAAUAUUUUUAACUGAAUUACAAUAAAUAAUAAAAUUAAAAAUAAUGAACGUAUUAUUUUUGUAAAUUUCCAUUUUUUUUUUUUUAAUAUCAAAAGUACUUAGAAUAAUAUAAGUAACACAAAAGUUUUACAUAUGUCUUAUUUAAAACAAAAAAAAACUGCUUUACGUAAAUACAUGAUGACUCUGUGUAAAACUGUAUAGGUAAGUAAAAAUAAUUAUUUAAUUCACAAUUUUUUAGAUUAUUUCAAAAAAGUAACUGAUACAGUAAAUCAAUCGGGUAAGUAAAAUAGUGUAACUGAGAAGCAGACCAGCAGACCUCCUAUCUAAAGAAAUUUUUCUCAUUUUAACAUAAUGAAUAUUAUCCUAAAUUGUACAUAGUAGUAAAUUAUAGCAAUACUUUCUUAAAUUUUCUUUUUUUCUUACGUUUUUACAUGGUUUCUUUCGGGUUAUAUGAAAACCGUUUGGAAAAUCAAAAAGGAACCUCCUAAAAGUAGAAUGUCGACAAUAUUCACUUUCAGAAAUAGUACCGCGCGUAUAUAUCUGAGCAAGAUUUCCGGUAGAGUUUUGUACACAGUACAAAAAAAAAAUAAUAAUAAAAAUAGACAUUUUAGUAAAACCAAUACAUUCUUCUUCAACACCCAAAAUCUAAGAUAUAGGAUUCUGUUUAAAAUUAAUAAUUUGUCUUUAAAUUUUAUCUCUUUAAGAAGUACAUAAAUUAAUUAAUAUCAGUCAUACUUUGAAUAAUAUACAAUUCAAAAGUUUUAUAUAUUUUUUAUUAAAAAAAAAACGUUUAGGUUAAUUUAUAAUGACCAUGUGUAAAACCGUAUUGGAACAUAAUAAUUAUUUAAUUUACGAUGUUUUAGAAACAUUCCAAAGGGUAGCUAGUAGAGUGAACCAAUCAGGUCAGUAAAAUAGUGUAACUAAGAAUUAUGUAUUUUAAAAAAAACCAGCUAAACCACUAUCCAAAGAAAUUUUUCUUUUUUAACAUAAUGAUUUAUAUCCUGAAUUAUACAUAAUAGUAAAACAUUUUAAUAAAUUAAAUCCACUAAAACCGACCAUAUCUUUUUGACAUUGUAAAUUUAAUAUGCAAUUCCCAUGAACUAUAGACCUUUUAAAGUUUUAACAUUUUAUGAAACAUUUUUCAUAACUCAGUUGAUAAACGUAUAGUAUCAGGUUGAUUGUCCGUUCUCAACACAGAUGUUGCAAAGAAUUUUUUCAACGGACAACGUUGCAUUGCGUUGGGUGUAAUGCAUAAACAUAUUAUUAUGCCAGUAGUGUAAUGUGGACAAUAUAUUUUUAAUAUGAUUUAUGGUAUCUUUAACCGUGAUUUAAAAUUUAGAAAAAAGGUAAACAAAAAUAAAAUAUUUUCAAAUAGGUAUAUUGUUCGUUACUCAUUACUUCUGUACAUUAAAGUAAUACCACUCAUAAAAUAAUAAAUAUAAAUCUGGGAAACGUUUUCAAAUUGUAAUGGUAAUAUUGAUGGAAAAAACACAAACAAUUUUUUUCUGUCCAAAUUUCAUGACCCUACGAAUAUUUUAAAUUGAAGUAUAGCAAAAAAUAAAAUUAAAAAAUGAUAAAAGCACUAUUUUCGUGAAUUUCCCUUUUUUCCUACUUUUUAUCCUGGUGUUUUCCAGAAAUUAUGAUAAAUACAUAGAAAAUCAAAAAAUAUCCUUCUUAAAGUACUAUCUAGACGAUAUUUCUUUCCAGAAAUAGUCCAACGCGUAUAUAUCUGAGCAAGAUUUCAGGUAGAAUUUUGAACACAGUACAAAAAAAAAAAAUAAUAAUAAUAAAUAAAUAUCUUAGGAAAACCAAGACAUUCUGCGCUACACUCAGAAGCUAAAAUAAAGGUUUCUAUUUGAAAUUUUUGAUGUAACUCUAAAUUUCAUCUUUUUAAGGUAUACCACAAAUUGAUUAAUAUCAAACGUAUUUAGAAUAAAAUAGGUUUCGAAAAAUGUCCACAUAUUUUUUAUUUAAAAAAAAAAAACUGCUAUUACUUAAAUUUAUGAUGAUUCUGUGUAAAACUGUAAAUGUACAUACUAAAUAAUUAUUUAAUUUACGAUUUUUAGAAACAUUCCGAAGGGUAGCUAGUAGAGUGAACCAAUCAGGUAAGUAAAAUAGUGUAACUGAGAAUUAUGAAUUAUAAAAAUACCAGCAGACCUUCUAUCUACAGAAAUUUUCCUUUUUUAACAGAAUGAAUUAUAUCCUAUAUGAUAAAUUAAUCCUAUAAUAAAUUAUAACUUAUCUUGUUGACAUUGUAAACUUAAUAUAUAAUUCCAAUAGACAUUGGACCUUUCAAAGUUUUAACAUUAGAUACGGCAACGAAUAAUAGAUAUACCAAUUGAGCAGAAACGUUUUUCUUAACUAGGUAAAUAAACGUAUAGUAUUAGGUUGGUUGUUUGUUCUCAACACAGUAUUUUGCAAUGGAUUUUUUCAACGGACAACAUUGCAUUGUGUUGGGUGUAAUGCAUAAACAUAUUAUUAUGCCAGUAGUGUAAUGUGGACAAUAUAUUUUUAAUAUGAUUUAUGGUAUCUUUAACCGUGAUUUAAAAUUUGGAAAAAGGUAAACAUAAAUCAAGUAUUGUUUCCAUAGAUAUAUUUUUCGUUACUUUUUACAUCCACCAUGGUCUAAUCAUUAAAAAAAACCAACUUGAUAAAUAUAAUUCUGGGACACGUCUUCAUAUUUUGUUGGUAAUAUUUAUGGAACGAACACGAACAUAUGUUUUCUGUCAAAAUUUUAAGUUCCUACGAAUAUUUUUAACUGAUGUACAACAAAUAUUGGAAAAUCAAAAAAUGAAAUCCUAAAAGUACUGUUUAGAUCAUCGGUUCCUAAUCUUUUUUUUUGCCACGGAACCCUAAUUGAUUAUACAUUUCCUGGCAGAACUCUAGUUUGAUAACAUAGAAUUAUUACCUUGUAGUGUUUUUAUUUUUAUAUUUGAUUUGAAAAGAAAGAAUAAAUAUAAAUGAAAAAUAAUUAUUUUAUAUAUUAAAAAAAUUUACUUGUCCGAAAAAAAAACAAUAUAACUAUUAUUAUCAAUUUAAUCAAGAGAAUGAAAUUUUUAACAUAUUUUUUUAAAAUAUCCCUAAAAUUAAGCAUAAUAUCUGACAAUUGAAUGCGAUUAUCUGGAGUUGCAUCCAGUAUAUUUCUGUACUUGCUUUUGGUGAAAACGUAAGCUGAAAAACCAGUCUUGCGUCCGUAAGUCGUCACAAACGGAAGCAGAACUGAAGUAGCCUUCUCAAAAAUUGUUAUCUUCUUUAUAUAUAGAAAUCUUUUGCUUCAAAUUUUUAUUUAAGAAAAGAUGAAUAUUUAAUAUCAAUCAAAUUUUCAUACUCUGACACAGUUAGCAUUGAUGGUUUGGUAUAAUUGGCGAAUGGAUUCUGCAACUAGUUCAUGUUCUGUAACUUCUCUGGAAAAUACUCUUUCAAGGAUUUUUUAAGGCUUAUCAAAUGCCCAUGUAUAUUUUUUUCCACAUCUGAAGUUACUUGCAUUUUCUUUCAGAAAGUCAUUUAAAAUAGUAAAACAUUCGUAAUUAUGAUGAUCAACACAUUCGAUCCAGAAGCCAAGUUUGUUUUCAAGUGAAAACAUUUUAUCAUUUACUGUAAAUUUAGUCGUGGUUCUUCCCUGUAAGUCUUUGCAUAUUAAGUUGAAUUUAUCGAAUAUAUCGGCCAAGUAAGCCAACUUCAAUAAUCAUUGCUUAUCGUGCAAUAGUUCUACAAGCGUACUAAUGGAUGCAGAUACGGUUUGUUUGACUAAGAAUAUCUUAAGCUCGUUGCACAUUUCAAAUAGUUUUAUUAAAAAUUUUCCUAUUGAGAGUCAUCUCACUCGCGUGUGAAGAAAAAGUGAUUGAUGCUGACUUCCCAUAUCUUUUUUAAAAAGCCUCGACUGGAGUAGACGUGAUUUAACUUAGUUCACAAUUUGUACGGCUUAAUCGAGAACUGUCUUAAGUUCGUACGACAUUUUCAUCACGAAAAGGGCAUGGUGAUGUAAAACAGAGUGACUGCUAUUACAUUUAGGUGCAAAACCAUUGAUUCUUGUUAUAGUACCUUUUAUAUUGCCAAUCAUAGCUGCUGCUGCGUCAUUGCACACAUCAAUACAUUUGUUGAAUUCAAUAUGGCGCUUACUCAUGUAACUAUCAAUAACUUUGGAGAUUCCUUUUCCAGUUUUGUUGGUUUCUAAAGAUGCACAGAGAAACAAAUCCUCUUCAACAGAUCCUCUGAAGGAGUAUCUCACAAAAAUAAGCAGUAUUGAUAGCCCGGCGAUAUCUGUACUUUCGUCUAGUUGUAUUGCAAACAUCUUGCUGUUCUUCAAUCUACAAAUUAAUUCAUCUUGAAUGUGGUCUGAAAUCUUGGAAAUCUGUGGAAUUCGAUCAGAUUUGACGUAAUUGGAACACUGAACUGCUGUAACUUUCUUCGCUGCAUCUUCACCGAGUACGUAGCUGACAAUUUCUGUCAUACAUGUUUUUAUUAAAUCCUUUGCAAUUGUGUGUGGUUUACCAGCAUGAGCGAUUCUGUAACUUAGCAGGAAGGAUGUUUCUGCUGCAUUUUCAUUAUCUAUUUUCACAAGUUUGUGUAAAGCAGCCACACCAAUUUUUUAUACUUCUUUGUGUCUUUGAAAAAAACUAAAGCUUUUAUCUUUCAGUUGCGGCUGGUUGGUGUCAAGAUGUCGUUUUAGCUUUGCUGGUACUAAUGAACUAUUCACAUUAUUUUGUUACAAAUAACGCAUUGUACUUUCGGAUUCUCAGCCAUUUCUACACGAAUAAAUCCAAAGGACAAGUACAAUUCAUCAUAUUUUCUUUUUGAAGUAGUUCUCUACUGGGGUAUAAUACUUUCACUAAAAAGCGUAUUGCAUAGUUCCUAUCCAGUACUAUGACCUUCAGUAUUUACCAAAUCCUGAAAUUAAUUAAGAAUACUUAUUGUUAUACCUUUAAUAAUUUAAAUUAAGAACAAAAUAAAUUUAAAAAAAAUUGACCAUGAGUUCCUUUGCGCCCUCAGGCAUUUCAAUUUGAUAAAGAAAAUAUAAUAAUAUAAUAUAAUUUUUUACAAAAUUUAGUAGGCAUGAUGUUCAUAAUUUAUAUAUUAUAAUAAAUAAAUAAUAGGUUUAUAAAUUAGGCUUUUAUGACACUAGGUAAAUAAUAUAAUAUUCUUACAGACAAACCAUAAACAUCUUUUUUCGAACUAUUAUCAUUAUACUCUGCUGGUAAACAUGUCGAAAAAUGUUUGCAACUUGUGAGGUGCCCCAUUUUGAGAGAGCUAUCUAUUAUUAUAAACUGAAAUAAAAAAUUACAUGUAAAUAAAUCGAUCUUAUUUUAUUAUGAACAAUGUGCAUAGUUCAUAGUAAAAUAAAAUCUCUACGAAUAAACAAAAACAUAGUAACUAGUGAAAUCGAAAAUACCUAGAGCCUCUAGCUCUAGCCUCUAGCGUCUAGCAAUACUUGCUAGACUCAAUAAAAUGUCUGGGAUAUAUUUUCAGAUUUUGUUCGUGAUACUAAUGAAACGAACAUGAACCUAUGUUUUUUGUCCAAAUUUAAAGUCCCUACGAAUAUAUUUAACUGAAUUACAACAAAUAAUAAAAUUGAAAAAAAAUUAAAGCAUUUUUUUCUUAAAUUUACAUUUUUUCUUACGUUUUUCAUGGUUUCUUCCAGAUGAUAGGAAAACCGUUUAAAAAAUCUAAAAGUAACCUCCUAAAAGUACCAUCUAGAAAAUAUACCCUUCUGGAAAUAGCGCCACACAUAUAUAUCUGAGCAAGAUUUCUGGUAGAAUUCUGUACAUAGUACAAAAAAAAAAAAUAAUAAUAAAAAUAGACAUUUUAGUAAAACCCAUACAUUCUUACAUUCUAUACUCAGAAGUUAUAAUAUAGGUUCCCAUUUAAAAUUUUUAAUUAAUCUCUGAAUUUAUAUUAAAACCGAUCUAAUCUCAUUGGCAUUGUAAAUAUAAUGUAUAAUUCUUAUAGACAUUGGACCUUUUAAAGUUUUAACAUUUUUAUUCUGAAUAUAUAAUCUUCGCUACACUCAGAAGCUAAAAUUUAGGUUAAUUUUAACCAUGGGGUCAUAUUUUAAUUAAUCUCUAAAUAUCAUCUAAUUAGGUGUACACAAAUUGAUUAAUACCAAAUGUAUUUAGAAUUACAUACGCUUUGAUAAAUUCUCACAUAUUUUUUAUUAAAAAAAAAACUACGAAAAUUUAUAAUGAUUUUGUGAAGAACCGUAAACAUACAUACUAAUUAAUUAUUUAAUUUACGAUUUUUAGAAGCAUUCCAAAAAGUAACUAAUGCAUUGAAGCCAUCAGGUAAGUAAAAUAGUGUAACUGGGAAUUAUGAGUUAUAAAGACACCAGCAAACCCACUCUCUAAAGACAUUCUUUUUCUUUAACAUAAUCAAUAAAAUCCUAAAUUAUACAUAAUAGGAAAUCAUAUAAAUAAAUUAAAUCCACUAAAACCCACCUCAUCUUAUUGGCAUUGUAAAUAUAAUGUAUAAUGCUUAUAGACAUUGAACUUUUUAAAGUUUUAACAUAUUUAUUCUUCGCCACACUCAGAAGCUAAAAUUUAGGUUAAUUUUAACCCUGGGGUCAUAUUUUAAUUAAUCUCUAAAUAUCAUCUUUUUUAGGUGUAUACAAAUUGAUUAAUAUCAAAUGUAUAUAGAACUAUAUACGCUUUGAUAAAUUCUCACAUAUUUUUUAUUAAAAAAAAAACUACGAAAAUAUAUGAUGAUUUUGUGAAGAACCGUAAACAUACAUACUAAAUAAUUAUUUAAUUUACGAUUUUUAGAAGCAUUCCAAAAAGUAAAUAAUGCAGAGAAACCACCAGGUAAGUAAAAUAGUGUAACUGGGAAUUAUGAAUUAUAAAGACACCAGCAAACCCACUCUCUAAAGACAUUCUUUUUCUUUAACAUAAUCAAUGAAAUCCUAAAUUAUACAUAAUAGUAAAUUAUAUAAAUAAAUUAAAUCCNUAUAUUCUUCGCUACACUCAGAAGCUAAAAUUUAGGUUAAUUUUAACCCUGGGGUCAUAUUUUAAUUAAUCUCUAAAUAUCAUCUAAUUAGGUGUACACAAAUUGAUUAAUACCAAAUGUAUUUAGAAUUACAUACGCUUUGAUAAAUUCUCACAUAUUUUUUAUUAAAAAAAAAACUACGAAAAUUUAUGAUGAUUUUGUGAAGAACCGUAAACAUACAUACUAAAUAAUUAUUUAAUUUACGAUUUUUAGAAGCAUUCCAAAAAAUAACUAGUGCAGUGAAACCAUCAGGUAAGUAAAAUAGUGUAAUUGGGAAUAAUGAAUCAUAAAGACACUAGCAAAUCCACUCUCUAAAGACAUCCUUUUUUCUUUUACAUAAUCAAUGAAAUCCUAAAUUAUACAUAAUAGUAAAUUAUAUAAAUAAAUUAAAUCCACUAAAACCGACCACAUCUUUUUGACAUUAUAAAUUUAAUGUAUAUUUCUUAUAGACAUUGGACCUUUUAAAGUUUUAACAUAUUUAUUCUGAAUAUAUAUUUUUAGCUACACUCAGAAGCUAAAAUAUACGUAGAUUCCUAUUUGAAAUUUUAAAUUAAUUUUUAAAUUUCAUCAUUUUAAGGUGUAUACAAAUUGAUUAAUAUCUAAUUUAUUUAGAAUAAUAUACGCUUAAAUAAACUUUCACAUAUUCUUUGUUCAAAAAAAAAAAAAAAACUGCUUUUACAUAAAUUUAUGAUGAUCAUGUGUUAAACUGUAUAGGAAAAGAGUAAAUAAUUAUUUUGAUUACAAUUUUUUAGAAGCAUUUCAAAGAGUAGCUAGUAAAAUGAACCCAUCAUAUAAGUAAAAUAGUUUGUCUAAUAAUUAUGAGUUAUAAAAAUAUUAUUAGAUCCACUAUUUAAAGAAAUCAUUUCUUUUCUACGUUCCUCCCUGCACCUCUAAUUAUUUAGCGACUAGCUCGUGCAGCUAUUAGAAAACUAUUAUAUCUAGCUAAUGCAUAUGAAUCCCAACUUAUUUAUUUUAUGUAACAUGUAUUUUCAUCCAUGUUGUUGUAAUUUAAAAUAACUGUUAUCCUUGUUGUUAUCUUAUAAAAUCGUAUACAUAUAUUGCCCUUUUGUUAGAUGAUUCAGCCCAUAAAUAAAAUAAAAUAUAAAAAAAUGUCUUAAUUUAUAUACAUUAUGCAGUUUCAGUAAUAAGUCAGCUUUAAAAAUAAAUAAUAAAAUAAUAAUUUAUCACAUUAUUACUGAAAUAAUUAUAUUGUCUCAUUACUUAUUGAGACAUUGUAUUAUUAACUGAGCUUAUAAUAUAUUUGUUACUUAUUUUGCCAUUGAUCAAUAUUUUUUCAUUCUAACUAAUGUUAAUUCCCAGCUUUAUAUUUAUAAUUGGUUAUUUUUUUUAUAGCGUUUUCCAUGUUUCAAGGGAGUAAACAAAAGUCUGAUGAAGAAUUGAUUCCUUUAAUUGAUGGUAUUGAUGAUAGGACAGAUGAUCCUAUUGCUGAAAGAGGUGAUUAUAUAUAAAACUCUAUUAAAAUUUUAUACAUUGAUUAUUUAUUCGUUAUUACUUAUCUUUUUUUUUAUUGAAAUUAAGUUUUCGUUAUGUACUUAGUAUAUAUUAUAUCAAAAUGUUUAGUUGACAUUGUUUAAUGAUCUUCUAAUGAUGAACAUGAAUAUUUAUUUGAAGAUAUGUGUAACCGUAGACUUUUUAUAGUUACAAAAUAUAUAGAAAAUUAUUGUACUUCAAUAUUACAUUUAUUUAAUAAUUAAUCAAGUUGAAUUAAUUAUUAUUUUAUCAUUUAGUUAAAAUAACUUUAAUCAAAGACAGAAUCUAUCGGAAAUUGACUUUAAUGGAAUACCUCUGUAAAAUAUUUAUAUACCUAAUAGAUCUAAACCUUGAUAAUUUAUUUAUUAAACACUGGGUCAGGUAUUAGGAAUAUUUGGUUAUAUUUUCAAUAUCCAUUUAAAUUUAAGAAAAGUUCUUUCAUAACAAAAUUUUGUCCGAUAAUUUCAGGUGAAAAAUAGUAAUAAUAAAAUAAUUUAAAAUCAGUCUUGGUUACGUAAUGUAGAUUUAAAUCUGAAUAUUAUUACCUAUAUGCCAUUACUAGGUACGCACAUGCUGGCCCACUAGGGUAUCGACUAUUUCUUACGACUCUUCUCAUAUAGGUCCUUAAUUUAUACACGUUUACCUACUCCUAUUUCCUAAAAUUACUUAUAAGCUUUGUGAUUUCUAAGUUAGGUAGGUAGGCUGGUACUUGAAGAAUAUUUAUGAUUUAUGUUUAUAAGUGAGUCCUAUUUAAUAAUUUCCCGGUACAAAAAUAGACUCCAGUACAUGUCUGACAAUGUCUAAAAUUUGUAUAAUGCAUUGCCUUAUAUUUUUUUCUUUUUAAUUUUAGAAUGCUUUGGUAAGACAAUAGUUUUCAUAUAUUAUUGUAUAACGGAGUAUAAACUGAUUAAAGUAAGUUUAAAUUUGAAUUAUUUUAAAACAAAUUUGUAUAGUUUGGCAAAUAGUAAAUAACAAAAUUCUGUUACGGACUCUGGAUUCUCACGAUAAAUGUCAUAAUAAAUAUUGUAAUGUACUUACCCGGAUGUUUUCAAACGAUUUUUAAAACAUUAAUGAAAUAUUUGUAAAAUUGAUUUAUACCUAUACCAUGGUCAGCCAAGUAUGUUUCUUCGAGUAUCACACAUAGUGUAAUCACAUUAGAUUAUAAGCUCAAUUAUAUAUUCAGACGCUUGUUAUAUGAUCGAUAGUGGAAUAUUGAUACGCUGAAGCUGAGUAAUCAUAAUUAAAUAGAAUUAUAAUUACACAAGACAUACAACGACUAUCUACGCGCAUAAUGAAUUCAGAAAAUAAGGGUUAACUAUGAAAUGUAACAAAUCCUAAAAGCAAGUAUUAUUAUAAGCUAAUUCAACUAAUUAAUAUUAAUAUAGAUAAAGUUCGUCAUUCUAGCACUUGCAUAUUAGAAAUCAGAGAAAAAAAAAAUCAUAUCAACGAUUGUUAUUAUUUGUGUUAUUUGUAUAAGUUAGUUAUAAUAACAUUUAUAUUUGGGCAUUCAUAGAAAACUUAUUAAAGAAAUUUUAAAAUGGCUACGUAAAAAUGCAAUAAAAAUGUAGGUACUUUAAAAUUUUAGUCUUCUUAUAUUAAAUAUAAAGACAUCAAAGAUACACUAAAAUACUAAUGUAUAUAAAGAAAAAAUGUUGUUCAUCAUAAUCAUUUAGAGCUGAGAUAAGUGGAAUGAUGACUUCCCCUUAAAACUUGAAAAUUUCUACUACUAGGUAGACAAUUCAAUAAUAAUUUUAUUUGAAGUUCGGGAAAGUUAGGUCUGAUAGUGAACCGCGUUCAAACUUUCAAUGUGUUUUGAACUGUGUUUAUUAUUUUUCUGUUCUUCAUUUUUUAGAAAACAACACUUCUUAACUUUACAUAAAAUUUUGUACUUUUUAUAAAUUGUAUAUAAUUUAUAACAAAGGCACCUACUACACUUAUGUAUAAUAUAUACUGCAUAUCAAUAAGUUUAUUUUAUAUAUACCUAAUAUGCUUUUUAGAUUCUGAGUAUAACAAAUGAUUUAUGUUUACCUAGUUAUAAUAAAGAUUUUGGCCAAAUGAGUGUUUUAUAUAAUGGUCUAAAACUAUGCUAAAAAUCAAACAUUAACAUAAAUCAUUUUCGUAAUUUGAUGUCUUUUAUAAGUUAUGUUAAGUGUCUUGAUUCAUUUAGUAAAUAAUUUAUAUUAGUAAAUUUAAAUAGUACGUAUUUACUUAUGCUAUAGUAUUCCUUCUUUAUUUUAACUAUAUUUUUAGUUUUAAUAUUGUAUAUUUUUUAUAUUUUAAUAUCAAUUAUCUCAACAUGUUAUUUUAUGUAAGUAGGUAUUAUUGUAAUUUAUGAGAACCACUUGCCAGCACAAGUUUGGUCUACAGGGAAUGUUGAUAUUUAAUUUAUGUGUAGUGUCUAUUAAAUGUAUCUCCUGUUGUUUUUUUUUUUUGUGAAAUAUAUUAAUAAUAACUGAUAUUUUCUACAAAUAUAUUUCUGAAUAAAUUUGGGUUGGAGACAUCGUUUUUUUUUUUCUUACGCGGGUCUCAAAAUAUCAAAAUACGUCACUGUAUUUGAAUAUAACUUUUAUAUAAAUCCAUUUAAAUAUUUAGUAAACAAAGUAAACAAAUUUAGAGAACAUAGACUGAGAUGGUAUGGGUAUAUCAUAAGGAGAAAGGAAUUUUAAGUAGAACGUAAAUGUUAUAUUAUGGAAAUAAAUAUAGUAAAGAAUAAGUGUUUUCACUUUUUAAGUGAAAACACUUAAAAAGAGGUGGUUGUGUGCGUUUCGCAACGGUAUAAGGACAGAAGGUUAGGUUCCAGAAGGUUAGGGUAACUGGAAGUUUAAGACUAGAGUGAUCGACGUCAAAUAUUUGACAAUUUGGGAUGAAGGCGAUAGAAAAGGAAAGUUUGAGGGAUGGGUUGUUUUAUAAAUGAACAUUCGUGGUUACAAAUCUGUGCAAAUAAUAUAACAAUCACUGAUAUAGGUUUUGGGUCAAAUUUCUAUUAAGUGAUUCCCAGCGUAAUAGAGUUAUUAAGAUGCUGCGAGCAAAAAUGUUCUGGUUAUAAUGCACAAUAAGUGUUUGUAUAAAGGUACAAUAAUUAAUAUAUCUCCUAGGGGGUUGAGAGUUUCUUGAUAUAUAUAAAAGAGCCACCGACACCACCAAUUUAGACAAGUUUUGAGAGCAUAGUUAUAAGUAUCUUCACGUAAAACUAUUUUACAAAAUAUUAUAUUUGUACAAAUAUUGUAUAAUUAUUUUAAAGUUUAAAUAAAAUAACUUAUAUUGUUUUGACUAAUGUUUAACUUAACUACGAGUAAUACAAAUUGAAACAAAAACUCAACAAAAAUGCGUGUCGUUAUCUUCAGUUGAAAAAAAUACAUAUAAUUUAUAAUAAUAAUAAAAUAACUGACAUAACUCUUUAAUUUUAAUAGGUAUUUAUAUAAAUAGUAAAUAUGUAUUUAUAGUUACGAAUUACAAAGAUAAAAUAGCGAUUUUAUUUCAAAUUAUGGAUAAAUGUUAAAAUAUCAAUAAAAAAAAAAAAAAAAAAUCGAAAUUUUGAACUUUUAAUAACAUAUAGGUCGACAAUCAAUGAGAAUCACUUACAUAUUGAUUGUAAUGGCCAUUGUGGACUUUGACUCGGAUGAUAUUAUAAUAUAUCACCAUAGUCGCGUGUAUGAUAUAGUAAUGGUGCAUCUUCUUAUGCUUAUGAAAUUAUCAUUGUGUCGUCUAAUACUAAAAUUAGCUAUUAAUUAUACAUUACAAUUACAUAUAUAUUUUUUUCCUGGUAAUAGGUACAUGGCAGUGGACAAAUUAUUAGAUCAUAAAAUAUUUUUUUUUUACUUUUUAUAUAAAAUCUUUUUUUUUCACAUUUUCUUAACAGUUGAACUUCUACAGUUUGGAUUUCCACCAAGUAAGUAGUUUUUUAGUUAGGGCUAUAUUAUUAUAAUAUACAAAUACAUUAAUAAUGAAUACACUUAUUGGGUUUUAACCUAUUUUUUUAUAUUUAGUGAGAGAUGGAAUAAACAAUUACCUUUAUGCGUGGGGAAAAUACAUACGUAAGUAUAUGUGAUUAACUUCAUAAUUUAAAAACUCAUGAAUUUAUCAACUUUUAAAGUAUACGAAUACUUAAAUAUUGGGUAAAGUUUGAACGUUCCUAAAAAAACGUGUACAUAUGUACCUACAUGUAUUUGAUUAUCAUCAUCAUAAUGACCUCAUUACUAUGUUUUAAGUAAGAACAAAAUAUAUUUGAGAUUAAAACUUACUCAACCCAUAUAAAAAAUAUCUUAUUGCUGGAAUAAAAAUGAUAGAUUUUUAUUAUGUUUUAAAUAUUCACCAAUGGCUUUCAGAGUUUUAAUAAAAAUCUAAUAGUAUAAACUAUAUUUGAAAUUUAUAAAAAUUUAUAUUAAUUAGACAAAACAUAGUGUUGAAUAAGAUCAUAAUUUUAUUUAUGUACAUUUUAUUAUGUUUUAUUAGGAACUAAUAUGCUGAAUGAAUUAAAUGGUAAAUAUUUUGUUUAGGAAAUAUGUUUUAUUGUAAAAAUAACUCUAUUUGAAGGAAUACAAACUUGAUUAAAAUAUCGAUUAAAUUUAUUUCUUAUAUUUUCACUCGCUACGCUCCAAAUCUAAAAUAAGAACAUAGGUGAGCUGUAGAACUCCAUAAUUAGUGUACAAUUUUCACCAGCUGACUUAUUGUUGUAAUCUUAUAAAUAUUUUAGAUUCCGAGUGUAACGAAGAAUGUAUUGGUUUUAAAAGCUGAUUAUUUUUUUUUUUUACUGAGUACACAAAUUCUACAAGAAAUAUUGUUCUGAAGUAUUAAUUAUAUAGCAUCUUUUCUGAACGGAAAAUUUUCUGGAAUGGAAAUUUGAGGAGGUAAUUUUUUGAUUUUCCCAAUAAAUAGGAAAACCGGGAAAAACGAAGAAAACGGGAAAUGUGAGAAAUGUAAGUGUUAGUAAGAAAAUAUUACGGCUUUUUUCGCCUGUGAACAACCUACUCUACCAGCAAUUUUACUCUGAUUUACAAUAAUCUCUUCAAUGUAAUUUGUAUAAAAGGAAAUCCGACUGGGUUGGUACUUUAAAAAUGUCUUUUUUUGGAUUUUCCCACGAAUUUUUCUAAUUUUUCUAAAAAUAAAUGGGAAAAACCGCGAAAAAACGGAGGAAAACGGAAAAAUAGCUAUAAUAUUAAACAAAUAGUAUUAAAGAAAAUAUAUAAUGCAUAAUAUGUAAUUAUUUUACCAUAUUAUGAAAUACAUAUUUUUGACAAAGCAACACUAUUAACUGAACUCCGCUAAGAAUCGUUUUUUGUUAGCAAUGGUUAAUUGUUGCGUACAGAUAUAUUUUAUAUUUCCCCUCUACCUCUCAAUUUUGUAGAUAUGGAGCGUUGCGAGGGAUCUAUUCGUUUUUUUAUGAUGUGAGAGUAUUUUUUUUUUCUGUCUGCAAACAAUUUUUGUAUCAGAAAAUUAGCUCUAAAGUAAAGACUAUCAUCUUCUGAAAGGAAAUUUUAUCUAUUUGGUGUAAAAGAAAUAUUUUUUUAGUUUUCCAAGAAGUUUUCGAAAUAAUUUGGAAAAGUCGAAAGAAAAUUUUUGGUAAAACGGAAAAUUUAACGGCACCGCGGCAUAACCUAUUUCAUUAUGUUUUACCUUAUGUUUUCUACUAAAAUUAUUACUCCAAUUGAAAAAUAAUAAAAAGAUCGCUUUUAUUUCUUUGAGCACAUAGUCACUGAUAGAGAAAGUCGUUUUCGGUAUCUAAAGUAUUUUUUGUAAUAAUUGGGAGAACCAAAAAAGACGAAAUAUACGUAUUUUUUUUUCAAAUUACGGCACAACGAUUACUUUAUUUAAAUUUUAUACAGUUUAUGUUUUCUACAAAUAUUAUUGCUUCAAUAGAAAAACUAUAGUAGAUUAGCUUGUAGAAUUUUUAAUCUAUUUGGUAACCAAGAAAGUUGUUUUUCUGAUUUUUUGUUAGUUUUUUAAUAAUUGAGCAAAAUUAAAAAAUACGUAAAAAGGUUGGAACAAUUUAGGAAAAUAACGCUUUUAUUAUUUUUAUUUUGUUUUUUUAAUGUAAUUCAGUUUAAAAUAAUCGUAUAAAAAUUAAAAUGUUAAAAGAUAAAAUUUAUUUACUUUGUUUAGACUUGGUAAAACUUUCAGAAAAUUCCAGCAAUUUUUAAGCUGUUAUAGACGUAUUUAUUAUGCGAGUUUUUGACGAAUCUUGACGAAAAUCUAAAAGCCUUUCAAAACAUGUAUAACCGAACUUAGUAGAAAAAUUGAUUCUAAGUAUAGACAGGUAACUUUCUCUAGUUGGUGCAUUGGGGAGGUUAUUUUUUGAAUUUUCAAGGGUUUUUUGUAAAAUUUGAAAAAACUGAAAGAAAAUUAUAGGUAAAACGACCUUGUAUUUUCAUUGUGUUAUACUAAAGUUUCCUACCAGAAAUAUAGGUCGUAAUUUGAAAAUCAAAAGUAGCUAGUGGUUUUAUUCCCAAAAAUAAGGGUGACAAAAAAAUAACAUAAACCAAAAAUUUUAGAGUAGCUUGUUUCUUAAAUGUUCUAGAAAACUAAUUCCGGAAAAUGUUAAUACUUUCCAAGAUAAUGAGUUUACCCAAUUAAAUGUUUUAGUUUUUUUUUUUUAAAUAGUUGGAAAAAAAUAGGGAAAGUUACUAAACUGUUACGAAAAUAUUAUAAAGUUAUAUUAUUAUUAUUAUUUUCGUGAUAAUGAUUCAAGUUUUAAAAUUUAAGUAUCUAACUAAAGUAAAGUACAUUGCAUUACCUUAUAUAAUAAUGAAUCUUGAUAAACAAUUUGUUAAAAUAUGAUAUAACUUUCAAUCAAUAAACCAUACCUGUUAUUUAUUAUGGUAAGUAAACAUAUAAAUUAUAUUUUUGUUUAGAGAACUCACGACUUUACGUGAAAUACAUCGACGAUCAAAUUAAAUCAAGUAUAUUUUAUUCAUAAUGUUUAUUUAUUUUUAUUUUUUUGUUUAUAGCCUAACAAUUUUCUAACAUAGGAGUGUAUUGACUGCCUAUAAAAGUUCAUCACCCACUGUGUGACUUACCCAUUCUUCUAUUAUCUAUACCUAUGAAUAUGUAACAAAGUGUUCAUCAACAUAAAUUUUAACACAAUUAUACUUUAUCCAAAAUAAGAAUAGUAGUCGGCAGUCGAGUUUUUUGCAUAGGCGUAACUUUCACUACGCGCAAGGAGCGUUGGCUCUGCCGUCCCGGAGAGCAGUAUUAGUCAAGAAACAACAGCCGACCAGCACAAAUAACUUAAAAUGCCGUACGUUGUCGCCGUCGUCGGCAGAGCAAUAGGUGGUUGACCAAGCGGAAAGUAGAAUGGACGUGGUUCUGACCGUCGUCGCUGACUACUAUUCUUAUUUUGAAUAGAGUAUAGUUAAAUAUAAAAUAGCGUCUUUUAUUUUUUAAGAUCACACAUAUCAAUAGUUGGUACAAAUUCAGUGAUAAUAGUAGUUAUUGGUUUACAAGAUGAGUUCUGUGGUGACUCGUGCUAAGAUGCGACGGUGCGAACUCACUCCUUACGUAAUUUUUAAAAUAAAAUGAAAUUUGCAUCUAUACUUGUCAUAGUAAAUAGUAAUCAUUAUAGUUUAUAUUUCUUUCAGAAUAAUUUAAAUAAUUCAAAAUUGUAUUACAAAAUGUCAUCUUAAUCUGGCAAAUUGAAUGCGAUAGGAAUAAUCUAACGUAUCUAAACGUAUUGCACUAGAUAAUAAUAUAAUCGAAAUAAAUAUUGAAACAAUAACAUUGUUGGUAGGUAAUACCUACUUACCUGUUACCAUUGACAUUAUAAUAAUUAUGUAAAUCAAAAUAAUAUGAUAAUUUAUGACUUGAAUAUUAUUGCUUGAAAAAAAAUAUAUUUUUUUUGUAACUUACUAUACCUAGUUAAUUUUACUUUCCACCUUAACUUUAAACUUAUCGAGUUAAAUUUAUUCUUUGUUAACUUUUAACUGAAGAAAAUUUAAAUGAAUUAAAUUAACUUGCAAAAAUUAAUUAUUUUCAUUAACUAGUCCACCUUUAGUAAUUUAUAACUUAUAAGUUACGUUAAGUUACUUAAAAAAUAAAUUUGGUGAAAUAAAACGGCAAAAAAAUUAAUUCGGCAAAAUGGUACGGCGGCGAAAUGGGAGUUAACUGUUACUGAUUUGCCCAAAUAAGGUUGGUCACAACUAAGUUUGUCUGGAAAAAGCCUGAAAUAUGACGUUUCACCAAAAUAUCGUGGUCAUAUCGUGUUUUGCUUGUGUAUUUCUGAUAUUUGCCAGAUUUCGACUUUUGCCCAUUAUAUUUAUAUAUAAUGUAAUAUAAUUCCACUAUUAUAUGUAUGAAAUCACAUAUUUAGUAUCAACUUACGAUAGGUAGAGUACUGCCCCAAUAAAGACAUUUUAUCACACUACCACUUUCGCGUAACUCUUGAUCGUGACAUAAAAAUAACUUAAACUAAAUAAUUUAAUAACUGUGCAUAUGUGUGUCUGGCUAAUAGAUAAUAAUAAUAAUAUUGUGUAAAGACGGAAGUGUUUCUGGUUUAAACAAAAUACUUUCGAAUUAUCUAGUAAACUAUUUCAAAUAUAAAACUAAAAAUAUCUUCUAAAAUAUAUAUAAUAUAGGUACCCUUUAGUUUAAUUGUAUUUUAAUGAAUUCAUAAUAUUUUAAUUAUAAUAAUAAAAAUGAAAAUUGCUUUUGCAGUUAAGCUGAAAGGUAUAACGAAGUGGUGUAAAGACGGUUCG